AUGGCACGUCCGCGGGCGCCGUGGAGCGUUGCGAGCCCCGGUGGAGGCUGCGAGGAGACCGGCGCCGCCGGGUACCUCCUCCCUCCCCCACCUCCCCCCAACUCCACCCUGGCGUCACGGUGCUCCUCUGCUGCCAUGGAGGUGGGUUGCCUCCCCGUGGAGCUGUGGAGGGUGAUCUUGGCCUAUCUCCCCCUCCCAGACCUGGGCCGCUGCUGCCAGGUGUGCCGUGCCUGGCGGGAGCUCAUCCUCUCUCUGGACAACACCCGCUGGAGGCAGCUCUGCCUGGGUUGCCCCGAGUGCCGGCAUCCCAACUGGCCCAGCCAGCCCCACCUGGAGCCGCCGUCCUGGAGGGAGGCGCUGAAGCAGCACGCCCUGUCGGCCCGCACCUGGACCCGGAAUGGGCCGGAGCUCCAGUCCUCCGCCUGCCUCUUCUUCUUCCGCCGGAGAAAAGACCGCCGGGUCUGGCACGUGGGGCCCGGCUGCGAGUUUGAGACCUUACGAGGGGUGCUUGGGGCGGUGGGACCGUAUGACCGCGUGGUUCUCCAUCCGGGGGUGUACGAAGAGCAGGCCGAAGUGACGCUGAAAGUGCCCGUGGAGCUCGUCGGUCUGGGCCGACUGGGCGAGGUGGCCCUUCUAGUGUGUAUGGAGCAGCAGUGCCCGACCGCCAGGUUGUGUAACCUGGUUUUCAUGCCACCCUGGUUCUCCACCGUUGUGUACAAGACAUCCUGGGGUCACAUUCAGCUCGAUAACUGCAACUUUGAGGGGGCCCAGCUGCAAAUCCGUGGCCCCGGCACCUGCCAGGCUCGUUUCUGCUCCUUCUCGCAAGGCAGCUCUGCCCACCUGCUGGGUGUUGUCCUCAGUCUGUUGGACAGCUGUGAUUUCUCAGGGAGCGACACAGCUUCUGUCACCGUGGAAGGUCCCCCGGUGUCAGAGAGGAACUGGGCUUGUAAACACUUGGCUGCCCUCGCCAAGACCUUCCCAUCGGAUUCUUUGUGCUCUCCCAAAGGCCCCCAUGCCGCCCCCGCGGGCGAGCCGGACCCCCCGCGUGGAAUCGUCAACAAGGAGCACGCACGCAUGGAGGACUGGAAGACGAGGACUGGUGGGGAGGCGGGUUGUCAGGGCACACUUAUUGAAGACGGGUGGAGCGAUGGGGAGCGCAGCGAGGGCGAGGAGGAAAACCGCCACGGAGAGGGAGCAGACAACGCUGAGAAAGAAUUGAUGUGGGAUUACAAAAUCCCCUGCGGCCACCACGGCCUGUCCCAUUUGCUCAGGCCCCGGGCGGAUGGCUCCCUGCCGCUCGCGUCCUCCCCCGACCCACCAUCUGCAACCCCUCAGCCCCUCACCCUUCUGCAGGAAUUGGAGCAGGACCCCGAUGCAGCGUUACUGUGGACGUCCGCCCUCGGCUGCAUCCUCAGACGCUGCCUCUUCCGAGACGGGAAAGGCGGCGUCCACGUGUCUAACUACGGCCAGGUUCGUCUGGAAGACAACAUAUUCCGCGGGCUGAACUACGCCGUCCGCUGCAUACAGAACUCCACGAUUGUGAUGCUGAGAAACGAGGUGUGCGAAUGCCGGGCGUCAGGUGUGUUUCUGCGCCUGUCCGCUCGGGGCCUCAUCGCAGAAAAUAACAUCCACUCCAACGGGGAGGCGGGCCUGGACAUCCGAAAAGGAGCUAACCCCACCAUCCUGUGCAACAGAAUUCAUGGCGGUCUUCGUUCCGGGAUCGUUGUUCUUGGCAACGGGAAGGGUUCCAUUCGGAGCAACCUGAUCUACAACAACAAGGAAGCCGGUGUUUAUAUUCUCUUCAGUGGGAACCCUGUGGUGAGCGGUAAUCACAUCUUCCAGGGCCAGGCAGCAGGGAUUGCCAUAAAUGAGAAUGGCAGAGGGGUGAUAACAGAGAACGUGAUCAGGGAGAACCAAUGGGGGGGCGUGGACAUCCGCAGAGGAGGCGACCCCAUCUUGAGGAACAAUUACAUCUGCCACGGCUACUCAGAUGGAGUGGUGGUGGGAGAAAGGGGGCGCGGCCUCAUUGAGGGAAACCACGUCUACUGUAAUAAAGGCUGCGGCGUGUGGGUUAUGUCGUCCAGCCUCCCGCAGCUCCUGGGAAACUACAUCCUCCAUAACUGUAUGUACGGGCUGGCGGUGUUCUGCCGGAAGGACCCGGGGAGCGUCGAGUCCCGGGAGGGGAGCUGGCCCGGGCAGGACGGGGUCGGCGGAGAUGCCGGCGUCGGGGAGAGGAGGGGGGUGGAGGGAGAGGGACGGGAGGGACAGGAGAACUUCAACGAAGAGGGCGAGCUGUUUGCCUGGGAGAGUGACCUGGACAGCGAGGACGAGCGCCACUCCGCUCGCCGCUCCAUCAGCGUGGCCCUGGUGGAGGGCAACUGCGUGAGCCACAACGGAGCGGUGGGCCUGUACGUGAAGAGCAGCGAGGCCCUCAACGUGUUCGCCAACCUGGUCAACGGCAACCGGGGCCUGGGCGUGGCCGUGCUGCAGAGCAGCCAGCUGACCCGGCUGGUGACCAACUGCGUGCUGAAAAACAGCCGCGGCGGCGUGACGGUGGAGAAGGACUGCAGGGUGGAGCUCCGCGGCAACGGCGUCUACGACAACGGCGGCCACGGCGUCCGGUUCAGCGGCAGCGGGCAGAUCGUGGAGAACGACGUGGUCGGGAACACUGGAUACGGCAUCCAGGUGUCGGCAAGCACGGAUGUCAAGAUAGUGCGCAAUCGCGUGCAACCCGCACAGGGCUGUGGCAUUGCUCUGCUGGGGCCCGUAAAAGGUGCAGUGCAUGAUAACAUCUUGUUCCAGGGCCACCCAGAGAACAAAAAAACCCUGCUGCACAUGGACCCUGGCAACGAGAGCUGCGUGUUGUGCAACAACAGCAUACUGAGGCACAAUAGCAGCUCUACACCCGCUCCUGCCUGGAUUUUGAAAAACCCCCCUCCUCGCCCACUGGCCAGCUCCCAUCCCGGCCUGUCCUCGUCCCAGUAUCCCUCCAGACUCGGCAUUUCCAUGACUGCCAGGGUCGGCGCCACGGUGGAAAGCGGCUGCCACAGCGGCAGCAUGUUUUGCUCCAUCCUGUGA